GGGGCGGUGCGGGAGGCGGGGGGUGCCCUACCCGGGGCCGCGCCGCCCCUGCCGCCGGCUCCGCGUGGGUGGCGGCCGCGCAGAGCGGAGGCUCCGCGCCCGCAGAGCGGCGGCGCCGGGCCGGGCUGUGCGCUGCGCGGGGCGGCGCGGAGCAGCGCGGAGCAUGUCGGCGCUGCGGAGGAAGCUGGGGGACGAGUACCAGGUGGUGAGCACCUCGGCCAGCGGGGGGGGGCUGCCCCCGCCCCGGGCCGCCCCGCGGGGGAAGCGGCAGCGCUUCGUGGACAAGAACGGGCGGUGCAACGUGCAGCACGGGAACCUGGGCGGAGAGACCAGCCGGUACCUCUCGGACCUCUUCACCACGCUGGUGGACCUCAAGUGGCGCUGGAACCUCUUCAUCUUCAUCCUCACCUACACCGUGGCCUGGCUCUUCAUGGCCUCCAUGUGGUGGGUCAUCGCCUACAUGCGGGGGGACCUCAACAAGGCGCACGACGACAGCUACACCCCCUGCGUGGCCAACGUCUACAACUUCCCCUCUGCCUUCCUCUUCUUCAUAGAGACUGAGGCCACCAUCGGCUACGGCUACCGCUACAUCACCGACAAGUGCCCAGAGGGCAUCAUCCUCUUCCUCUUCCAGUCCAUCCUGGGCUCCAUCGUGGACGCAUUCCUCAUCGGCUGCAUGUUCAUCAAGAUGUCCCAGCCCAAGAAGAGGGCCGAGACGCUGAUGUUCAGCGAGCACGCCGCUAUCUCCAUGCGGGACGGCAAACUCACCCUCAUGUUCAGGGUGGGCAACCUCCGCAACAGCCACAUGGUCUCGGCGCAGAUCCGCUGCAAGCUGCUCAAGUCCCGCCAGACCCCGGAGGGCGAGUUCCUCCCCCUGGAUCAGCUGGAGUUGGACGUGGGCUUCAGCACAGGGGCCGACCAGCUUUUCCUCGUGUCCCCGCUCACCAUCUGCCACGUGAUCGACGCCAAGAGCCCCUUCUACGACCUGUCCCAGCGCAGCAUGCAGACGGAGCAGUUUGAGAUCGUCGUCAUCCUGGAGGGCAUCGUGGAGACCACGGGGAUGACUUGCCAAGCCAGGACAUCCUAUACCGAGGACGAGGUGCUCUGGGGUCACCGGUUCUUCCCAGUGAUCUCCUUGGAAGAGGGCUUCUUUAAAGUGGAUUACUCCCAGUUCCACGCCACGUUUGAGGUCCCCACCCCGCCAUACAGCGUGAAGGAGCAAGAGGAGAUGCUGCUCAUGUCCUCCCCCUUGAUUGCACCUGCUGUGAGCAACAGCAAGGAAAGGAACAACUCGGUGGAGUGCCUGGAUGGGCUCGAUGAAGUUGGCACAAAACUACCUUCAAAACUGCAGAAAAUAACUGGGAGGGAAGACUUCCCCAAAAAACUCCUCAGGAUGAGUUCCACCACCUCCGAGAAGGCCUACAGCAUGGGGGAUUUACCCAUGAAACUCCAGCGGAUCAGCUCGGUCCCUGGCAACUCGGAGGAGAAACUGGUGUCUAAAACCACCAAGAUGAUGUCGGAUCCGAUGAGCCAGUCGGUGGCCGACCUCCCGCCCAAGCUGCAGAAGCUGUCGGGGGGCGGCAGGAUGGAGGGGAACCUGCCGCCCAAACUGCGGAAAAUGAAUUCGGACCGGUUCACAUAACCCAGCGGGACUCGGGGUCAUCGUGCGGAGCUGGAACUGCGGGCGGUGAGGGCAGGAGCGGCCCCUCCGCAGCCCCCGGCCGCUCGGUCGUGGUCCCGGGGGGCAGGAGCAUCCGUGAGUAACCAACACGGGACACUGGGUCGGCAUGUAGUAUCACCACACGCAUGCAAUAAUAGUGUGCAAUUUUUGCAUAUAGUUUUAUGGCAUGACUCCUACUAUAUUUAUACUGUAUAUUCUGAAAAAAACAAUCAGAAAGGGGCGUUCCUUUCCCCUGUAUUUCUUAAGAGUAAGUAGUAGGUAAAACAUGCGAGUAGGUAACUUUCAGGGUUAAGUUAUAAUCCGAUUUGAAAAGGUUUAUUUAUUUUUUUUUCAGAUGUGGAUUGUGAUGUUUUGUUCAACAAAGUAGUUACGGUGCAUGUCUUUUUUCUCAAAAAAAGGUGUAUUAGUUAAUUAAUUCCUAACACCAAAUCUGCUAGCCUUAACUUAACUGCUGGUUUCUAUUUUGUUUUGAUGUUUUCUUGGGGUUUCUUUCCCUGCAUCUAGGCUACUGAGAAAAUUUGAAAUGUAUUUCAUAAAGCAUUGCUUAGAGAAGAAACGUGUAUUAAUAAGCCUAGGGAAAACAAUAAAUAAAUGGAUAAAAUUCACACUUUAGAUACAAAUUUUUUAAAACGUCUGUGAUUUAUACGUGCAACAAAACCAUUUUGAAUAAGCCAGACGUGCUUGAUUUCUCAUGUUAAUAGAACAGCUAAACAUGAAAAAGGCUGAAUGUCUCCAUGAAGCCAAACGAGCAUUUUUUCUGGAUGAACUGCACCCCAAGGGCAGAGUCACAAAACCCCCUAAUUCCACAGCACCUGGAUUUUCCUCCCUCUUGCUUUGGUGGCCCCGUUGGGCCGGUACCGAUGCAGGUGCUGGUUGCCAGAGCCGCCGUCUCACUGCUGCGCUGCCGGUGCUGGCGCUCCUUACUGCUUUCUCUAUGGUGAAAAUAAUGUUUAAACAUGUUCUUAACUGAAGUUGACCCUGUGGGUUUCGCAAUGAGUAAUACUUUGUAUAAAUGUUUGGUUUGAUAUCCUUCCGUGCUCGUGUUUGGGUUUCCUUUAUCCAUCGUGUUGUGCUCCGGCGGGGUCUGGGCAUUGUGCGGAUGUCCCCGUCAUCCUGGCACCCCUUGUCACCUCGAACCCUGCCCAGAACGCUGGAGGUCAGCUGUUGGGGUGCCCAGGGACACCCAGUCAUGGUGUGAGUUUUGGGGUUGUCCUACGCAGGGACAUGAGUUGGAUUCGAUGAUUCUUGUGGGUCCUUUCCAACUCUUUGAUUCUAUGACCCAUGGUCUGUGUUUGUGACCAUGUCACGAUGGCUUCCAGGGGACUCGUUGUUGGAGGAGGAGGUCUGGGUGACAUGGAGUGAUGUGUGGCGCUGUCAGGGAGCUGGGUACAAAAGUCACCACCAACAAUGGCUGGGAAAAGGGCUUUGCGUGCCAUGGUCUGUAUGGACCACCCUGGAGACCACAGCCAGGUGGUCCCGGGGAUGGACAUGCAUGGGUUUGGAGGUGGAGAUGUGGAUGGGCAGUUCUGAUUUGAGGACUCUGGACCAUUAUGCACCAACGCUGGCACUUGCUACAUAACUAACAACAGCAGAUCUGCCAGUUUAGGGGGGGAAAGUUGUUUGGUUUUGUUAUAAAUGUUGACAUGGAAUAAGAACCCAGAGACUUAGUGCUGCUGGAGGGUCGGCUCCCGCACCGCUGCAGCUCUGCUUUCCUGGGAAGUUGCAAUUUAUGACCCAUCGGUUGUACACCCAAGGACUUUAUGCUAACUUCCAAAGUUCCUUUUCAUCAUGUAUCGAGAUUUUUGAGUGGCACUGCAUGUUUUUUACACCUCUGGCUAUGCCGCAAUUCUCUGCACAUAGUUGUUGAAGGGCAGUGUGUGCCUCGCUCUCCGUGCGCUGACCCCGUGCGCCACACGCCGCUGAGCAGAUUGCCGAUGAGGCAAGGGAAAAAUCUGGACUUCUUUUCCCCCAUUCGCCAACACUUCCUCAGGUUGUCUUGUAAAAUACUGCUGAUUUUUGUACCACACCUAACUCUUCUACCAGUCCUUGACUGACAGCAAAAAUAGCCAUGUGCAACUGCCAGGUGUCUACACUAGAAACACCAAGUCCAUGGGUAUUAAAUGGCAUGAUAAAUGCUCGGCCAUUGGUGUGGCCGAGUGAUGAGUCCUGUUGGCAACCUUGAGCAGAUCCGUCUGGAUUCAUAAGGAGGGUCUCCAGCAGCUUGUCCUCUCCUCAAAACCUCCUUUGGUUUCUCCAGGGUGGGGUUUCCCUCCCUGGGACAUGGGGGUCCCACCUGGGGGUUGCUCGUCUUGUCCUGGGUCUCCCAGCACCUCAUGUGUGGCUCAUGGUCUGCUUGGCUUUUCUUUAUGGAAAAGUAAACGUGACUAGGAGCGAUGGUGUGUCACCAGCCAUGCCCUGGGGCCACCAGCAUCCUCCCUCCCGAAAUCCCAGCAUCCCGUGCCUUUGGGAGAGCCAAGGGGUGUUUUGCUUUGGGCAACUUUGGCUUGAGUCUGUGCAGGAGAUUAUUGAAUUAAGUAGGAGCAGCAUGGAUGUGUCCUACAAACUGAGCUUAAAAUAGGUGAUGGGGAGAAGUGCUGUAGCCGUAAAAUAUACCGCCAGUCUGGGUGACUGCAGCUUCCUCGGCAGCCUGUACAAAAGAAAUCUGCAAGUAUUGAAACACUGGGAAAGUAUCCUCACUUUUAUUAAUGCCGUAUAAAAUACUAAGUUAUGAUUAACUGAAAAGUUCAGUUUCUUUUUCAUCAAAAUAUGCACCUGUUCUUGCUGGACGCAAGAUUUUGAGGCUUGUGGUUUGUAUUGCAAUGCGUUAUGUAUGUUCCGGUGACAACAUACGCGUCUUUCAUUAAUAGGAGUGAAAGUACAAACAUAGAUUAUGACUUUCUUUAGUUAUUCACUUUUGGGAUUGAUUUCUGGCUAAUAUUUCAUUUUUAUUGAUGUGGCCACUUUUUUUCCUGGUUAACAUUUUAGCCCAGCCCCGAUGCUUACGCUAAGAAAAAGUAACUGAUUGCACAGCCGGUCUGUGUUCUCUACUGCUGAAUUUAUGCUUGAAUUCUAUUGUAAAUUGUACAUAUUCAGAUUAGAACAAACUAAAUGCAUUUUCUGGCAUGCAGUCGAUAACUGUAUAAAUGUACAAGUUGAUUUGAAUUAUACAAAAUAACACACUCUUGUAUUCAUUAAUACUGCAAGCUCAGUUUUAUCUAAAGCUAUAUUAAACUUUCAAAAAUUGUUCGGUUUAAAUGUGUUUGUUCUUUUGGCCCGUCCACUUUUUAUUACUUUAAUAAAUGACUACGUAUUCAAGUU